AUGGUCUUCAUGCUCAUGUUGAAGAAAUUGAAGAAGAAAAUAAAUCUACUUCAGGUUCUUCGGAAUACUUGCAAAAUAAUGAUUACAACCCAUUAACUAUCGAAGAAACAAAGAAUGGCCUACCGCCACAGCAUCAAAUGAUUGAAGAAAAGUCUCAACAGGACCAUAAAAAAUCUAAUGGUAUUCGCCGCCUAUUAAAAAAGGAAGGAAAGUAUACAGAGCUGGAGAAAACAGCCCAAGAAGAGAAAAAAUCCGAAGGUCUCGUUCGUACUAUAUCAGGAAUAUUUACUCAUAGGUCGAAAUCCGAAGAGAAACGCAAGGAUGGUGCGGAUGAUAAGAGACACCGUCAUUCUUCUAGACAAUCUAAUAAUAGUGAAACAAAGUCUAGAAGUAGACGUAGUUACAUUUUUUCUUCGGAUAAUGAAGAUGAU